AUGGGUGAUAUUUGGUACCCGCUCGUGGCCAAUGCUAUCCUUUUUGUCAGCGUGAACCUGUAUGGGGUUUUUGUGAGGAUUUUAACAGAAAGGGCUCAGAGGAAAGCAUUUCUUCAGGCCAGAAACUGCAUAGAGGACCGGCUGAGGCUGGAGGAUGAAAAUGAAAAACAGGAGCGUCUCCUGAUGAGUCUUUUGCCCAGGAACGUUGCCAUGGAAAUGAAGGAAGAUUUCCUGAAACCACCUGAAAGGAUUUUCCACAAGAUUUACAUUCAAAGGCAUGACAAUGUUAGCAUUUUGUUUGCAGACAUAGUGGGAUUCACUAGUUUGGCAUCGCAGUGCACUGCUCAAGAGCUGGUGAAGCUUCUGAAUGAACUCUUUGGCAAGUUUGAUGAAUUAGCCACAGAAAACCAUUGCAGAAGAAUAAAAAUCCUGGGGGACUGUUACUACUGUGUAUCCGGACUGACCCAGCCCAAAACCGACCAUGCUCACUGCUGUGUUGAAAUGGGACUGGAUAUGAUUGACACCAUCACGUCUGUGGCAGAAGCCACGGAAGUGGAUCUCAAUAUGAGAGUUGGAUUACACACAGGCAGGGUGCUUUGUGGGGUCCUGGGUCUCCGCAAAUGGCAAUACGAUGUCUGGUCUAAUGAUGUGACUCUAGCCAAUGUAAUGGAAGCUGGAGGAUUGCCUGGGAAAGUUCACAUAACAAAGACCACCUUAGAGUGCCUAAAUGGUGACUACGAGGUAGAACCAGGGUAUGGCCAUGAAAGGAAUAGUUUCUUGAAGAAGCAUAAUAUUGAAACAUUUUUUAUUGUGCCAUCCCAUCGGAGGAAGAUAUUUCCAGGACUGAUUCUCUCAGACAUAAAACCAGCCAAAAGAAUGAAGUUCAAAACAGUCUGCUACCUGCUUGUACAACUCAUGCAUUGUCGUAAAAUGUUCAAAGCAGAAAUCCCUUUCUCCAAUGUCAUGACAUGUGAGGAUGAUGACAAGAGGAGAGCAUUAAGGACAGCCUCUGAAAAACUCAGGAAUCGUUCCUCCUUUUCUACAAAUGUUGUAUACAACACUCCAGGAACUCGAGUAAACAGAUACAUCAGCCGUUUGAUAGAGGCCCGGCAAACUGAGUCUGAGAUGGCUGACUUGAAUUUUAUUACCCUGAAGUACAAACAAAUUGAACGUGAACAUAAAUACCACCAGCUUCAGGAUGAAUACUUCACCAGUGCUGUAGGUCUCUCACUAAUUCUAGCUGCCUUAUUUGGCCUUGUCUACCUUCUAAUAAUACCACAGAGUACCAUAGUCCUUGUCCUCCUGGUGUUCUGCAUAUGCUUCCUAGUGGCUUGUAUUAUGUACCUUCAUGUCACACGAGUACAAUGUUUUCCAGGGUGCCUGACAAUACAAAUUCGUACCAUUUUGUGUAUUUUCAUUGUGAUCUUAAUUUACUCUGUGGCGCAAGGAUGUGUGAUUGGCUGCAUGCCUUGGUUAUGGAAUACUAAUUCCAGCAGUUCCAUAGUCAUCAUUUCUCCUGGUGGAAUGAAUGAAACAAUGAAAGAACUUCCAUGUGACACAGCCCAUUAUGCUUUUCUUUCCUGUGUCGUGGGGACUCUUACUCUGGCAAUAUUUCUACGCGUCUCUUCCUUGCCAAAAAUGAUCCUCCUGCUUUUUGUUACAGUUUUGUACAUAGUUAUUUUGGAACUCAGUGGGUACAGAAAAGCAGUUGGGGGUGGUUCCUUUUAUAUGCGUGGCUAUGAACCUAUAUUAGCCAUUCUACUGUUCUCCUGUGCUUUGGCUCUUCAUUCCAGGCAGGUGGAUUUGAAGUUAAGAUUGGACUACCUCUGGGCUGUGCAGGCAGAAGAAGAGAGAGAUGAUAUGGAAAGAGUCAAGCUGGAUAAUAAAAGAAUCCUCUUCAAUCUGUUGCCAGCACAUGUUGCACAACAUUUUCUUAUGUCUAACCCAAGGAAUAUGGAUCUUUAUUAUCAGUCAUAUUCACAAGUGGGAGUGAUGUUUGCUUCCAUUCCAAAUUUCAAUGAUUUCUACAUCGAGCUGGAUGGUAAUAACAUGGGAGUAGAGUGUUUACGCCUCUUAAAUGAAAUCAUUGCUGAUUUUGAUGAGCUUAUGGACAAAGAAUGUUAUAAGGACAUAGAAAAGAUCAAGACAAUUGGCAGUACUUAUAUGGCAGCUGUAGGACUUGUACCAACUACAGGAACUAAGGCUAAAAAAUCAAUUUAUUCCCACCUGAGUACACUGGCAGAUUUUGCAAUAGAGAUGUUUGAUGUUCUUGAUGAAAUCAACUAUCAGUCUUACAACGAGUUUGUCCUACGAGUUGGUAUAAAUGUUGGUCCUGUAGUGGCAGGAGUCAUUGGGGCCAGGAGACCACAGUAUGAUAUUUGGGGGAAUACUGUAAAUGUUGCCAGUAGAAUGGAUAGUACUGGAGUACAAGGUAAAAUUCAGGUGACGGAGGAAGUUCAGCGGAUAUUAAAGAGGUGUAGUUAUGAGUUUGCAUGCCGGGGAAAAGUCAGUGUAAAAGGAAAAGGUGAAAUGUUGACCUAUUUCCUUGAAGGAAAGGCCAAUGGAGACAAUUCCCAAACACGGUCAUUAAACUUAGAACGGAAAACCUACCACUAUGGGAAAGCAAACAUUCAAACAAAACUUGGCACCAGUUGUCCUUCGGUGUCUUCAGCAACUAGCUUUACUGUAAAACCUGGGGUUGGAACACUUCAGGCACCAACCACCCACACAAAUCAAACACUACAUUACCUUCCUUCUGUGCCAGCUGUGAAAGAGGCAUAGAACAAGGAAAUUUGGUUGUGCCAUUUGCAGUAAACUCCGAUGAGUAGUGGUUGCCUGAAUUUUCACCGGGAAGUCAAAGGUCAUUGGCCAUGGCAUAAACCAAGGAUCACUACAACCCAACCAAAGAGAACUUGGGAACUGCAUAAAUGAACUCUUGGAAUGGAACAAAUAAGGGCUAGCAACUCUGUUAGGUUAAGUCAAAUAUUGAUUUUCUGGAUAUAAGGAAUAUUUUCUUGGUAUUUUUAAAGGUGAAUGAUAUAACUACGAAAAGUAAAAGUGGCACUGUAUGUGUGUG